AUGUCCAAAGCUUGUAUCGUUCAAGGCGCAAAUGGAGAUGAUAAUAAACUCUUUUCCCAAUUUGCGGUCAAUAAAUUGGAGCGAGGAUGUUUGAAGAUAUUGGAAUUAGACCACGUCCUUGAUGAAAUAACGCAAGGCAUAACGGGAAAAUUUCCAAUAUUGAAAGAAUUAACUAUUCAUAAAGCUCCAAAAGAAUUUGCUACAUUUGUGAAAAUUGGACAAUACAACAGACUGAAAGAAUUGUCAUCUGACUUAUGCAACGGAGCUCAAAACGAACACAAUAAUGGAAGUGGUACUGGCGGCUAUCUUCCUGAUGACUUGUGGGUUCAUUGUGAUAAGGCGGAGGCGCAUGAGGAACGUUGA